CCGUGGCCACAAUAAUCUGGACCAUUAUCCAAGUCAAAUCACUUGAGCCGAUACCAACAAUGCGAGUACAAACGCUUCUCCUGGGCUGUGCCCUCCUGGUCGUCUGCCUCGUAAAUCAAGGCAAGGCAACGACCGCACCGACUGUUGUCACCACCACUGAAGCAGACGCCACUGUUGUCACCACCACUGUGGCACCUUCCAGCGCGCCUACAACUGUAGCUUCUCCCGCUGCUGCAACAACCGUGGCCCCAUCCAGCGACAACAGUCCUGCCACCACUGCUGCCAGCAGCAGCAGCAGCAGCGGCGAUAGCAGCAGCAGUAGCGGCAGCAGCAACAAAAAUGCCGCCAAGAGGAGAUUCGGAUUAAAUAAACUGUCAGAUCGCAUACAACACGACGUGUUUAUGGACCAGAGUCCAUCUCAGAGGCUUUUAGUCCGAGUCAAGUCCGAGUAG